AUGGUCAACCCCUCGGUCCCCAACGACUACGCCCUCUCUCCGGCUGAGGCUACUCCUCAUCUGACAAUCAAUCAUGAUGUCGCUGCUGACCUAGACUCGACCAAUGCCUUUGAAGGCCCCGAGAAGCUCCUCGAAGUGUGGUUCGCCCCCGGCCCCGAGUCCCUCCCCGCGAGCGCCCAGCCCAAUGGCUUGAAAGCCGUCUCCGCCGACACCUGGGUUACCAUGCUCGACAUGGUCAACUGCAAGAUCUUGUCCGUCCUCGAGUCUGACUCUGUCGAUGCCUAUCUCUUGUCCGAGUCAAGCUUGUUUGUGUUCCCCCACAAGCUCAUUCUCAAGACGUGCGGCACGACUACUCUCCUCCUGGGCUUGCAGCGACUCCUCCACAUCGCGGCUGAACACGCCGGCUUCCCGUUCCAUAACGCCAAGGAAUCCACCAACGUCAAGGCUGCUGCGACCCCUUACCGAGUCUUCUACAGUCGCAAGAACUUCCUGUUCCCUGACCGCCAGCAGGGUCCCCACCGAAGCUGGAGAUCAGAGGUCAAAUACUUGGAUGACCUGUUCGAGGGUGGCAGUGCCUACAUGGUUGGCAAAAUGAACGGCGAUCACUGGUACCUCUACAUCACCACGCCGAACAAAACCUUGACGCCUCCUAGGACUCCCGACGAGGCAGAAGAAGCUGCAGCAUUCGCCGCCAGAAUUCCCACUGGUAGCGUGGCCAGCUUCAGCAGCGGCUUCGAGGAGCGCAGUGACGAAACUCUUGAAAUUCUCAUGACUGAUCUCGACCCUGAAAAUGCGAAGCAGUUCUACUUGGCGGACGCGAGUGCGGUCGCUACCGACAAGUUGCACUUGCAGCAGACGCAGGCAGCUCGAGACGACGCCCACCAGAGUUUGGGUGACAUGUCUCAGGUUCAUGAGAAGGCGGGCGAGGACCAUGUCGAUGUCUUUGAGAACAUUGGCGAGUCUGAUCUCAACGAUGGCGAACGUGCCGCUACUGAGGCUCUGACUACGGAGGGCCACGCGAUUGGUACCGUUGUUUCCGAGGGUUGCGGCCUCUCCAGCGUUUACCCAACCAGCAAGUAUCCCGGGGCUCGCGUCGACGCCUACCUUUUCAGCCCCUGUGGCUUUUCCGCCAACGGUGUCGUUCCAGCCAUUGCCGACGACGAGGACGACUCGAAGAAUGAGAAGGGCGGAAAUGCUGCUCAUUAUUUCACUGUCCACGUCACCCCAGAGCCCAACUGUUCAUUCGCCUCUUUUGAGACCAACGUCCCUGGAGGCCAGAGUGGCCGUACUACGGCUGAAAUCAUCGAGCACGUAGUUGAUAUCUUCAAGCCCGGCCGCUUCAGUGUUACUCUGUUCGAGGCCAAGGGCAAGAGCGCCAACCCCUAUGGCAUGGGCGACUAUGCUUCUCGUGCGACUGCCGUUCAGCGUCUUGUUGACCCUGUCCGUGGAUAUCGCCGCAUUGAUCGCAUUGUCCACGACUUUGAGGAUUACGAUCUUGUCUUCCGUUUCUACGAGCGGGAUGACUGGGCUGGCGACCGUGAGGCUCGCCUCGGAGAGGAGAUGUGA